AUGCUUUCUGCGAGUGUUACCACGGCAAGGAGGCUCCAGCGAGCUUUUUCGAAAGUUUUGUUUCGGUCGUCUUGUGAGGUUUUGAAGCAGUCACAAAAUCCUCGUUCGUUUUCAGUCUCCGAUGCACGGAUGGAUCCACAGAAACUGAGAGAUGAGUGGGGGAAACCUUCCUUCGAAGUCAUGAAAAUGACACGCUUACUAGAUCAUGACAAUCAUGAGAAAAAAGAGAAAUUCCGCAAAAUUUUGUCAGAAGACACCCUAAUGACUCCAAAAUACAACAUCACUGUGGACGAAGAAAGGGAGCUGGCGCUUAAACGGUUAAAGAAACUUUGUGAUCAAGGUUUUAUUUCUGUGUUGGAUUUCAAGAACAAUCCCUUGUGGAUCUUUUCUGCCCACGAAUUGGUAGCAGUUGUUGAUGCGUCCAUGGCCACCAAGAUGACCGUUCAGUUCAACCUAUUUGGUGGUACUGUUUUUAAAUUGGGAACGGAGAGGCAUCACGAAAAACUUUUAAAGGUACAGAGUUGCAUAAGUUAAAUUUACGUCUGUUCAUCUUCUUCCUAUAAUCAUUUAGCGACCUAAGCAAUCACGGUGGCAACAUCAAGGAUAACCAUUAAUCUUAAAUGAGAAAAAGUCGCAUUUAAAAGCCGUUUAAGACUUUGUUUCAUUUAUCUUGUUUGACUGAAUAUUAAUGACCAGCGUUCAGUUUGUGUAGUAACUUCUUUCAAGUUCACAGACAAAAUUUUCAGCACAAUCUUGAAUAUCACCACUGCACGUUGUUAUGAUUGUAAAACGUUUGUGCCUGUAAAGUAUUGUACGCCUUCCCACUCAGUGAUUGCACGAGGACUCCUAAGAAGACCAUGUCACACAGACAAGCUGCUGCCUUUAACGGGUUCAAGAGAACUUGUGAAAAAUAGAAAUUAAUUGACUUUUGUGCCGUUGUUCCUAAAAUAAACAAAACAUUUUCCGUUUGAAAUUUUAGUCUCUGCAACUUUAACUGAAAUGAAAGUAAAGGUGAUGAUGAGCACCAAAGGUACAUUAUGCAAAGAAGCAAGGUAUUUCAAUUUUCAGAAAAAUCGCACUACACGUGCAUACUAAAAGUUUACAAUGCGGAAAAUUAAUACCAGUGAACUACUUGGAAAAAGGGUGCAUGCAAGUAAAGUUCUAUUCAACGACUCAGUUUUCGUACAAUGUACUAAAUGGGGAAGAGGGUUUCUUCCUGAAAGUCGGCAGACUGGAAUCAAAAGUGUUAACAUUGGAUACUUAGGUGCUUAGACCUACUGAUCGUAAAUGUCGACACACAAUCGUUUCUAAGUAUUCCAAAGAAAAGUUUUCAGUUACUCAGUCAGGUGUUGAUGAAAUAAAAAACAUUUUUGUCUUGGAAAGGAACAAAAAGGACCGAAGAACUCAUAAACUCAUGAGAACUGAUCAAAAGCUUCCCAGGUCAUAACUAAUAUUUCCAUUGUGUGGUCCAUGUGGUUUGUAAUAACAUCGUAUUUUUUACGCAGGGGCACACCAAGCCCUAGGAUUUCAAAUCUCAUGGAUAACAAUUUUUGAAUUCCUUACCCGGAGAUCAUUGGAAACCAUUGGUAACAAUUUUUUGGUUCGGUGAAAAUGCAAGGGAACCCACUUUUAUUUCUUUUAUGUACAGUUCUAACUUGUUGUUGAACUUAGUUUUAAAUUAAAGAACAUAAAUGUGUGCUAUUAUUUACAAAAAACUUCAAUGUCUAUUAAUACAGCUGUAGGUCAGAAGAAGAUGUGUAUGCACUAAGUGUCAAAAACUCCAGACUCCUCUUCCAUCCAGCUAAAGAAGUAUACUCACUUGAAAUGUUCGUUACAGAUCUAUUGUCUUUUCCUAAAGGGAUUCGGUUCGGGCCUCAUCAACAGUUUUAACAGUGAAAUUAGGGAACUUAAGAACCACGACGAAGUUCAUGAUGACGAGGUCUGUUGAGUGGGAAAAGACUGGAACGAGAACAUCAGUUUCAGCAGGAAAAGGGAAACUUAAGAUGCAGUCGGUCGGUAGGUCGACAACGACUGAAUGUAAACACAAAUGUAAAACGGUGAAGUUCGUUUGCAACAAAGUUUUUCGCAAUGGCGUCUUUUAAAACAAUGCAAGAUCUUAUUUUUUUUGCCGUAUGUCUAAUUUCUUUGACGAUGAAGAAUUUUUUGUGUUUUCUGACCUUUUCGAGUGGAAAAACACCUGCUUUCUGUACGAAGAUUAUUCAACUUUCAACCUGAAUAAGAUGACUGCUUCCAAAGGUCUGUCAGCAUUUAGAUUUGGGAAAAGGGACCCUCUGAUGUGAUAGCUGUUUUCCAUAUAAAGUUUAUUUCGUUUGUAUUAAAGAUAAAUGAUUUGCCUUACCAGAUUGCAGGACGAUGUGAUUCUACUUUGUUUGGCAUGUAUAUUUUGAUCCCCCAGUAUAAAUGUAUCAGGAUAUGUCACUGGGAAACUAUUUUUCAGUUCUUUAAUUUUAAGAUGGUAAAGAGACGGUACCAGAAAAGAUCGUUACUAUGAAAUCCUAGGGCUUGUAAAGAUGCAGAAAAUAAAAUUAAUAUUUUAUCUAAAUGUGAUUUGGAUAUGCGGUGAAAAGAUUUGUAUGGCAGUGAAACAGCUUUGCAGCAGAAUGACUGCAACACAGCAAUACAGUAGUGGUGCAAAUCCAGAAAGAAGGUAGAAGAACCACUACACAACAUUUAGAGGGAUGAAAUGUGAUGCAUAGUGUUUUUAUUUAAUAAAUGAAGAAUUAUACAUUCCCCUUGUUCAAAACUUGGAACAAGAGAUUUAUUAUGGAUUUAGUUGGCUUCUUUAUUAUGUGCUUAAAUUACCGUAUUUAUUCGACUAUAAGCUGAGUGAUUUUUACACAAAUUAAAACUGAAGUGAAUUAAAAUUUGGGCUCUAGAGGGGGUCUCGGCUUAUAGCCGAAAGUUUUUGAAAAAAAAUUUUUUCUGGUACAUUGAAACUCUACUUAAUGGAAAUGUAUUUACUUAUAAGCUGAGCUAAAGUAAAGAAACACAAUAUGCAAUCUUUGGUUAUUAACUUUUAAGAAUGUGGUGGCUCCUAAAGGAGCCUUUUGUUAAAUUUAAUGUGUUUUCACAGAUGUCUUUGUUGUCAUCAGCGUUCGUCAUCAUCUUCGCUGUGCGUGUCGAAUUCUUCUUCCAUCUCCUCAUCAUCUGCAUCAAUUUCAGGACAGUUGUAGAUGGCAUCGUCUUCUGUUCCGUCAAGUGCAUUGGAGAUGCCACAAGUCUUGAAGGAUUGCCUCACCAUCUCCUUGGGAAUAUCACUCCAAGCUUGCUUUAUCCAGCGAAGGACCAGAUUUAGGGAAGGAGCUUUCUUCUUGCCUGCUAGAUUAAACUUUCACUGAUGGUGGAACAACAAGGUCUCUGGGAGUGCGAACACCCUUGAAGGUCACUGAAGGCGGUACUUUCUUCCCAUCAGCGGCAAUUGCUAGUGUGACACUGAAGCUUCGUUUCUCAGCACCACAGGAUUUUAUGGGAACUGUUCUGUUGCCACUGAAUUCUGAGACCAGGGUGUCCAGUUCCUAUUUUUUCCUACUUUUUCCUAUUUUUUGAGCAUAUUCCUAUUUUCUCCUAUUUUUAAACAAAAACCUCCUAUUUUUCCUCUUUUUUAGUUAGUGAAGCCAAAAUUGAAAAUGGGAUUAUAGUUGUAUUGUGUUUUAAAGUGAGCUUUAUCAUAAAGCAAGUAGUAUGUUGAGUUUGGUGUUCUAAUAUUAGCAAAAAUAAUAUUAGUUACAUUACAUUUGCUCUUUCCAUGACCUCUAUUGCCCAUUAGAGUUCUGGUUCUGGUUAUAAUUAUUGUUACUUUUUGUAUAAUUUUCUAGUGCACCUACAUGUACAUGUAUUGUAUGAAAUGUUAUAGUUCUCAUGAUUAUUGAAUAAUAUUGUACAUAGCCCACUGAAACUGCAUUUCAGUCUCUGAACACUUCAUGAUGUAAUUAUUUUGAAGUCUUGCUCCCUUUUCUGUUCAUCUUUGAAACUGAAAAGAUGAUCAAGUUGCCCUUUAACAACACAGAUCAGAUAAAUCAUCCAUUUAGCUUCUUGUUUAAAGAACCAAUCACCAGCUGGAUUCUGUAUGCUACACGAAAAGAACAGACUCAAGUUUAGUUUACGGUACUAGCUCUCUUGGUGAGCUCUUGUUCUCAGCUAUUCCUAAGCAACUGGCAAAGGAUCCAAUAUUUUGGUUCCGAAACUGUUCUUGCAAUCAUAGCUAAGCAGAGUGUUAUGUUCCUCUUAGAACUUAACCAUAACACACUUACAAUCUGGUACCAAACAGAUCCGUGUCAUUUUGCAUACACCGCGGAAAGCUUGGUUUGGUACUUAAAACGAUGCGGUCUUUUAACUCAAUCAAUCAUAUCCUCAACCAGCUACCGAUUGUAGAUUAAUGGAACGAAAGCUUUCCAUGGGACUUUUUAGUUCAAUAUUCUUUAAUGACAAUGGUAGCGUAAGAAAUUUCUAUCCUAAGAAAUUUCACUUUUUGAAGCUUUUCAAAGAUUUGCCGCCAACUUGAAGGGAAUUGUCAUAUGAUCACCUUUGAACAACCGCGCUGCACCUGUAGUCAAGAAUGUCAUUCUGAUUACAGCAUAACUGAGCCAAAAAACUAACGUUACUGAUCUUUGUCACUCCUUCUAAGCCGCGAAAGUUGGUUUAAAUCCUGCAAACGUAAAGGCUAAGGACUCGUGGCCUUUAUUAUAGCCCUGAUGGGGAGCAGGGAGGCUAUCUAUGUCGACGAAAGUACUAUUGAUUUUCCUGUUUUUCUCCCAUUUUUUAAUACAAAAUUUCCCAUUUUCCUAUUUUUUUGAGCAACCAUGCCACUGGACACCCUGUGAGACUGUUUGCUGCUCCAAAUCUUCUGGGAGAUGCGGAGCGAGUUUUGUUUUGGUGCGAAGGCUGAUGGAAUAACGGCCCUUCCAUUUCUGGUACCAGCUGAGGGAUGCUUUAAACUCAGGAUCCUUGCUGAAUUCCUUUGCCUUUAGAUGUAGCAUCAAUCCACUAACAGCUAAUCCUGUGCAAAAUGAAGUGAGAAGGUUACCAAACGAUCCAAAGGAUAAAAAUUUGACAUGUCUUGAAUUUGUUUUGACAUUGUGAAAACUGGCCAAUGAGAAUCUUUCAUACACAAUGUUGUCACAUGAUACUACGAUAGUUUUGAGAGUCACACAUUCAACUCAUAUUCACUCUGCAAUCAGCUGAUUGAUUUAUUUCGUGAUCUUGUUUCUGUUGUUUUAAAAUACAAAAUCAAUGCUCGACAAAAAACUUACCUUGGCUUCUCUGCUCUGUAAACCAUUUCCCGUAGUUAACAAUUCAGUCUUGUAAUAAUGAAUGGGUCUCAGCUUAUAGCCAGGUGUUGUCGAUUUAUUUUUGGUUCACGUUAUGCCGAGUCUACACGUUCAAAGUUUGGGGUCUCGGCUUAUAGUCAACUAAAUACGGUAUAGCAUAGCAAAUGAAAUCUGACAGGAAGCUUUGAUAAGUGUACUUGCUGUUCCUAUUGUUUGUAGGGUAUUGAUUCACUUGAAGACGUUGGAUGUUUUGGUUUGACAGAGCUUGGUUAUGGCAAUAAUGCAGUCCAAAUGGAAACAACAGCCACAUAUGACAAGGAAACUAAGGAAUUCAUUGUUAACACUCCAAACCCAUUGGCACAGAAAUACUGGAUCACAAAUGGUGCUUGCCAUGCACACCACAUUAUUGUGUUCUCCCAGCUCUACAUAGAUGGGGUUAAUCAAGGUAGCUUUCUACAAAACUUGUUCCUCUCUUCAGCUUCUUUCGUUCCUGCCCUUCUUCCCCAUAUCCCAUAAUUCCCCUUUAUUUGUCUGCAUAAGGUUUGAUUUGAUUACUGUACUUUCACUUAUGGCGGCUACAGCCUCUGUGAUUUUGAAAAAAAUUAGGGUGGUCCUAAACCUAUCCUGUCAAAGUUAUUAAACUUUAUGGAAAGUUGAAGCUAAAAUUCUGAGAAAAAAUUGCUUAUAACAAUUCAGGAUAUAAACCAAAAUUAAAACUAUCUGGAAGUCUUAUUAAGGUUUUUCUUUUAAAACACUUUAUCCUGUUGCUGUGCUCAUGUUAAGGGGAUGAGCAUACACCUUCAUACCUUACCAUAUUUGAGAUUGGAGUAUAUAUUAUUGUAUUUUAAAUUAAUGAUGUUUCAGGUAUUCAUGGUGUUCUUGUUCCAAUUCGAGACAAGAACCUGCAGGUGAUGCCUGGAGUUCAGAUUCAUGACAUGGGACACAAAAUGGGCUUGAAUGGAGUUGACAAUGCCAAGUUUACCUUUUCGAAUGUUCGUGUUCCAAGAGAAAACCUUUUAAACUUGUAUUCUGAUGUUGCUGAAGAUGGAACCUACUCAACAAGUGUUCAAGGUAGCAUUAGAAAGCGUUUUCUCACUGUUGCUGAUCAACUCCUCUCUGGUCGCAUCUGCAUUGCAAGUAUGUCACAAGGUACGUUGAAAUUUUAUUGAAGAACAGGGAAAUACAGUGUCGGUUUUCUUGAUUUUAAUUCUUAUCAUUGAUAUUUUAAUUAUUUUUCUUUUUUCCCCUUUCUCUCUAUUUUUUGUUUUUUUUGUGGUAGUGUAUUGUUCUUUAUACUUGUAUUUUGAUGUUGUUAUUGCAAUUACCAAAAAAAAACUCUUAUCAUUGAUAAUAGAGAAUACAUAUCAGUAUCUGAAAGUGAGAAAUUAAUAUAUUUGAAAAGCUACAUGUAGCACUGUAUGGGAUGAACAAAAAUCAAGCAAGUUACUGUUCUGUGAUGAUGUGAACAUAAUCAUUUUUUCUAUACUUGAAUGUCAAAACUCCUGCAUUUGGGAAAGUUCAUUUUUCAUUAAGGUGAUUCCCUAGUAAAAGAACCUAACAUAGAUUGUAGAUGAAACUUGGUACACUGAUGUAACAAGUCAAGAAGAUGAUAAAAGGGUAAUAAAAAGUGGGGGUUACCGUGCUCGUUUUGACAUCACAAUGCUGACAAAUACGGCUAUUUUGGACACUUUGACAAAAACCGCCUGCAGCCCAAAACUAGACAAAAAGGAAAGAUUUUUUCAAUGAUGCAUGUGGUAUCGCACAGAAUUUGACUUUAAUGUAUUGUUUAUCUACUUACGUACCAGAAAAAUGCCUUGUUAAUGCCCUUGUGUUUACUUUACGCUCCAAAGUAGAAUUAAAUUGGACACGCGCUAUUCGACACGUGAUAGCUCAAUCCGUACAAUUUAGUAAAAUUGCCGAAAAACUGAACAUAGAUUUGUGCCAAUUUUUUUCUCACUGAAAGGAAGCACUGUCCCUAUUAAAAUCAUGAAAUAAAAAAUGGGGGUCACCAUACUCGUUUUUGUGGUAGAGCUGCAGAAAGUGCCCACCAAAUGCAUUUUCCUUGAUUUUUGAGAGAGGACAGGGGCAAGUUUCAAAAUAGAAUGUAUGCGAAAGGGGGAAGAAAACAUUAAAAAAUCCGUUUUUACAGAAUUUACAUCGAGAUAUCACAUUUAGGACACAAUGUGAUAAAGAAAGCGUUUAAAUGAAAAUCAAAGUGAAUAAGCACAAAUUAAACAUGCACUAUCAAGGUUCUCUGUGAGGAAGUCGAACUCAGCAACACGCAUACUGCUUACGUUAUGCUCAUUCCCACCACAUUGAGUCUCACCUUGGCAAGAAACAACCGUAAGCAAAAAUUGCAAUAGCGUUUCUCUUCGGUCAGCUUCAUUUUAAUAAUGUUACUUCACAUGCUCUUUUUUAUGGAGGCCAUCUUGUUAUGCGCAGUAAGAGAUGCGCAGUGCAAAACCAGGGAAUCACCUUAAAUUAAACAAUUUCAGAGAGGUCAGAAAGUUCACUAAGGAAUUAUCAUCUUGUUGUUUUAAAGAGAUAUUUAAGAAGGUACAGAGUGAAAUAAGGAAGUUUGCACAGUUUUGUCUAGUAUGCAAAUUGAACCACAGGCUCACAACAGCCUCCUCAAAGCCAAAUUAUAGAGAUCUGUAUGGGAAUUUAUUGUAAGUUUGAUAAAACAGUUAAAUUGUACGUACCUCAUAAAGAGAUAUCUCUGUCUUGUUUUCUGUCUUUUUUCUGCCGUACAAACAUCAUUUUAGCAAGUUUUGCAGUUCUGGUUACUCACCUACUAAAAAGAUGGCAAGGAAAAACUCCACUGUCCUACACUUCCCAAAAUAAAGGUCCAAAAAUCACCUUUGGUUGACUCCAGUCACUUCAAGUAUUCAACGAACAUUCUUCUUCCUAGAGAAACAUCCAUUUCAGUUCCAAACAUUGAGCUGUGGCCUCAAAAAGACAAGAAAAUAGUAUAACAAGAAAGUUUGAACUUGGCUCUUCACUGCUGUUUGUUUUUGGACCUUUUGUCACAUCUAUAAGCUUUCUUUUACUUUUUCACAUUUGCAUUUUCCUCAUGUAUAUUUUAUUUUCAAUUUUACCACACUGAUUUCAACCUUUGAAGGUAAUAGUUACAGGCUGCUGAAAACUUGGUUUUUGCAUUUUUUCCUUUUCAGUCUUUACUUUUUUCUUAUUAGUUAGUGUGACAUGAAAGUACUCAAGUAAAUGAUUAAUUUGCUAGUGUUUUGAGUUAGAAGGCUGACUCAUUUUCACAUUUGUUUCACUGAGCGUAAAAUGUAGUAUCUUUCAUUCUUUCACCACACAUCAACAUUGCAGUAUGCAUGACGUUUGUCAAAUAUGAACCUAGUAUAUGGCCUUGCUGUCCAUGAGUUCUCUGUAGCUCAAGUGGAUGGAGUGCCUGUCCAGUAUUUGGGAGGUCAUAGGUUCAAAUCCUGUCGGGGACUCAGAUUUUUUCUUUGUCCCACGCUUGUGACAUGCUGAUUAAUUCAUUUUCACAUUUGUCUUAGCGAGCUUAAAAUUUACCAUCUUUCAUUCUUUCAAAAAGGCUGACUGAUGAUAAUUUCACUGAUAUGCCACUAAAGAACAGGAUCAGGAAGUUCUUUACUAGCAUCAUUUCUGCUUAGUUAUGCUAAUGUUUUAGCUUAUGCUUUAUCUUGUUUGUGUUGAUUCUAAGGGAACAAAAAGUUUAUUAUAAUAAUUAUUAAUCAACACACUUUUUUUGCAGGUGCAGCUAAAGCUUGUCUUGCCAUUGCUAUCCGUUACUCAGCAACUCGUCUGACUGUAGGACCGGAUGGGAAAUCUGACACUCCUAUUCUAAAUUACCAGCUCCAGCAGCAAGCUCUUAUGCCUCUAUUAGCAGCUACAUAUGCCAUUGACUUUGCUCUACAAUAUGUCAAAGAUCGUUGGGCAUUUCAGGUGCGAUGCGAUGUAGCUUUCAUUAACAAUUAUUGACCAUCAUUGAAUUAGGCAGUUUGGAUCAAACAGCUGAAGAGUUAAGCUCACUUCACUGCAUUGCAUAUGUAUUAAUUGUAACAUUAUCAAUCUCAUGUCCUUUUUGCAGUUAUUGUUAUUAUUCUUUUGUUUUCCAUCUUUCGCGAUUGCUUUAAUACAACUGGGGCAUUAAUAAUACUUAACUAUCCUAUCUAAAUAAUUGAAAUGGAACAUAACAAGGAUAAGAACCUCAGUUGGCUGGGAGCAUGCCCAAGGAUUUGAGCUCAGGACCACAUACUGAGAACAAAUCCAAAUAGUGGUCAGGGCGGAGCCUCAAGAUUACAAGUCCAGUGCUCCAACCAAGCUUGGCCAUGCUCCCUCCACUGAUGGGAGUUUUUCGUGUGUAAAUCUCUUAGGUCUGACAGAAGUAGCAAGAAACACCAGAAAGGUGUCAUUUCUGCCCAUCUGAUGCUCAAAGCAUGUUUUUCAGCUGAUUCUUAACAGUGUUAGUAACAGACGUCCAAUUUUGUUACAGGAAAAAGAUGGGUCUGAGCAUGCUGAUGUGGUGACAAUGUGUUGUGUGAUCAAAGCCAUUUCUGGUUGGCAUGUAGCAGAGACAGCUGCUGUUUGUCGCGAGAGAUGCGGUGGACAAGGCUACCUAUCUUGUAACAAAUUUGGCAGUGGCAUUGCUGGUUCACACUCAUCAAUGACAGCAGAAGGUGACAACUCAGUCUUAAUGCAGAAGGUUGCAUCAGAAAGGUUAAUGGUUCUCAAGCCAACUAUGUUUCAAGUUGCAGCAACCUAUGUACCAAGUUUUGUAAACCGGAUGUUCAGUUGGGCAGACCUUAGCAACCAAAAGUAUCUUCAUAGCCUGCUGGAGUCACGUGAGAAAGAGCUUUUUAUGGCUCUCGGGAUGAAAAUGAUGAGGGCAGGGAAAAAAGGAAGGUUUGAUACUUGGAUGUAUAAAGAACAAGACCUUGUCCAGGCAGCUGCGCAGGCUUAUGGAGAGAGGCUUAUCAGUGAAUGCUUUGGAAAAACCCUUGAUAGAGCUGAUCCUGAACUGCAGCCAGUCCUUAAAAAGCUUCAUCAUCUGUAUCAGAUAAAUGUGAUCAAAAAGGAUCUGGGUUACUUUACUACCUCAGGUUUGAUGUCCACGGGAACUGGUGCUAAAGUUGGAAAGGCAGCAGCUGAUUUGUGUAAGGAAGUUGCACCGCAGGCUCUUGCACUCUGUGAUGCCUUUGGUAUCACUGAUGAAAUGCUUAAUGCUCCAAUUGCGAGGGAUUGGAUAAAGUAUAAUUCUGUUGAUAACAAAGGCGAAGUUGAAGGUGUAGAGUUUUAAGUUCAUAAGUUGAAAGGUUUUUAAAUAACUUUGCAAACAAAUAUAUCAUCCCCGGGUAACAUGAUUGAACAAUGGUAUUUUUCAGGUGGAAUGAAAAGAUUUGACAUUAAGUGAUCGAUUGACAUUAUGGGACAUAUAAAGUUCAAAAAGAAAGUACAUGUCACAGUCAGAUUUAGUAACGUGUCAAAUUUCUUUUCAAGGUGUCCUUUCUUUCAAUCACAAACCACGUACUUUGUAAAACAUUCGUUUCACCAUUUGUACAUGGCAUAUACCUGAAUCCGAAAGAACACGUUACGUCGUUUCUUACUUUUCUUUAUUUAUUUAUUACAAUUUAUGGUUUACAUUAAUAAAGAAGAAGAAAUAAAUGUACAAAAGCCAAGGAAUGAAAUGCAAUAGAGUCCUCGACUCCUUGUUAAACCUUUUCUCCACUAAUAAUAAACUAUUCUUAAAAAACGAC